CACAAAGAACAAACAGCAAAGUAAACGAUUCUGCCUUCUCACUUUCAACAGUUGUUGGAGAACUCAGUGAAACUUGAUCUUUCUGCAUCAUUAUUCAGGAGUUCCAAAUUUUGAUCACAAUGAGGGAAAUCGUACACCUGCAGGCAGGCCAGUGUGGCAACCAAAUUGGAGCAAAGUUCUGGGAGGUGAUAAGUGACGAACAUGGCAUUGACCCCUCUGGGACGUACCACGGGGACAACGACCUGCAGCUAGAGCGAAUAAAUGUGUACUUCAACGAGGCAGCAGCUGGUAAGUAUGUUCCUCGUGCAGUGCUUUUUGACUUGGAGCCAGGGACGAUGGACUCUGUGAGGUCUAGUCCAUAUGGCCAAAUCUUCAGACCAGACAGUUUUGUCUUUGGCCAGACCGGAGCAGGUAACAACUGGGCUAGAGGUCACUACACAGAGGGAGCUGAGCUGGUGGACUCUGUCUUGGAUGUGGUGAGGAAGGAGUCAGAGAGCUGCGACUGCCUCCAGGGCUUUCAGCUCACACACUCGCUGGGCGGAGGCACUGGCUCUGGCAUGGGCACACUGCUUGUCAGCAAAAUCCGAGAGGAGUAUCCAGAUCGCAUCAUGAACACUUUCAGUGUGGUUCCUUCACCCAAGGUCUCAGACACAGUAGUGGAACCUUACAAUGCCACCCUGUCUGUCCACCAACUGGUCGAGAACACAGAUGAGACCUUCUGCAUUGAUAAUGAGGCCCUGUAUGACAUCUGCUUCCGCACACUCAAACUCACCACACCCUGCUACAGUGACCUCAAUCAUCUUGUCUCAAGCACCAUGAGUGGUGUGACCACCUGCCUGCGCUUCCCUGGACAGCUCAAUGCUGAUCUGAGGAAACUGGCCGUUAACAUGGUUCCCUUCCCCAGACUGCACUUCUUCAUGCCAGGCUUUGCCCCCCUGACCAGUCGGGGCAGCCAGCAGUACAGAGCAUUGACAGUGCCUGAACUCACUCAGCAGAUGUUCGAUGCCAAGAAUAUGAUGGCUGCUUGUGACCCACGUCAUGGGCGCUACCUCACAGUGGCAGCCAUCUUCAGAGGCCGUCUUUCCAUGAAGGAGGUGGACGAACAGAUGUUGAACAUUCAGAACAAGAACAACAGCUACUUUGUGGAGUGGAUCCCCAACAACGUUAAGACGGCGGUCUGUGACAUCCCUCCCCGUGGCCUCAAAAUGUCUGCCACCUUCAUUGGCAACAGCACAGCCAUUCAAGAACUGUUCAGACGCAUCUCAGAGCAGUUCACCGCCAUGUUCCGCCGUAAGGCCUUCCUCCACUGGUACACAGGCGAGGGUAUGGAUGAGAUGGAGUUCACUGAGGCUGAGAGCAACAUGAACGACCUGAUUUCUGAGUACCAGCAGUACCAGGACGCCACUGCUGAGGAAGGGGGCGAGUUUGAAGAGGAAGGAGAAGAGGAGCAGGAAUAGAAACUUACAUGACCUGAUCUUAUAAUGCAAGAGUGUAGGGCCCAAUUGCUUUUAAAUGUAGAAUAUAAAAUAGUCUCAAACUUUUUGUAAUUCACUUACCAUUUUAGAGGGAUUAUCGUGUCUGCAUGAUCUGAACAAAAUGUAUCUAAAGCUGGAGGCAUAACCUUUAAACAUAAACAAAUAUUUGUUACAUUCAAACCAUUUACAAAUGAGUUCACAUAAUGCUAAUUAAGUCAGCUCCACAUGACUUUUACUGUGUUUUUUUUCAUGUAGCAGUGUUUUGUUUCCGUGUUUUUGGUAACAAUCCCGCACUUCACUAGCAGGUCUAAGUUUUACAUCAAGAUCGAUGGAGGGAAGGCCAUAGUUUACACCAUAGUGACGCAAGCAGUGUUUUUGCAUCAGAAGUUAUCACUGGAGCUUUUAUGAUUCAUACAGAAAAGUAUUUACUUACGCUUUAAUCAAUACAAAUGUAAGCAAUGUGACGACUGGAACAAUAUACAGUUUUCUCUAUUUCUCUAGAGACCAUAAAAGAUACAUAUGUGUGUCUUAAAGAGUAUUCACAAAUUCUUCUAAACACUUCUGCAUGUUCUCUUUCUGAAAUACUGGGUUACAUAAAUAUCUUGUCUUUACAAAUAAAUAGCCAAGUAGUAAAAAAUAGACUUCAACAAAAAGUCUUGUUUUGUUCAUUGAAGACCAUAGACCUCAUUCAUGAAAUUUACAAAAAGCUGUAUCGAAAAGUCAAUACAGAAAUAUAGAAAUGAUGUACCAGUUUAGCAGCUGUCAUGCAAAAAAUUUAAUAAAAUGUAAUGUGUCAUGGAAUUACAAUGUGAUUACAAGCAAAUUGAAGGCUCAGAUAGAUAGAUAGAUAGAUAGAUAGAUAGAUAGAUAGAUAGAUAGAUAGAUAGAUAGAUAGAUAGAUAGAUAGAUUGAUAGAUAUCUUAUAAGUUAGGUCCAUGCUACUUGACCAUGUGAGUGUGUUUGUAGCUUCUGACUUAGACCUUGCUGGCUAGCUGGUGGUCUUUGAGUAGAGAAUGCAGAUGCCUUCCACCCCAGGGCAAUACAGAGGCCAGUCCAGCACGUCCAGGAACUACUUUUCCAGAGAACAUCCAUAAAACUGUCAAGGAGGUGGCAACAGUCCAACAUGCAAUAUCUGCUGUUCCAAAGCAGUCAACUGAUGACAAACAUCUGUGCUCUCCUGUCCUUCUAUCAGCAACAGAGGAUGCCAUGGCAGGAGGAGCGACUGAGACUACCUGGCGUGUGCUCUGCUGCAACAACAUAGGUCUCUGUACGCGUCUCGACUGUCUAAGUCUUGUCUAAGUUUUUCUUGUCUUCAUCCUUGUCUUCGAUGGCAAACUAUGGCAAACUCGUCCGAUUUAAUCAUUGUCCUUAUGAUCGCUGAGCGAUGCUACUUCUAUCUGUGAUGAUCAUACAACAUCACCAAUAAUAUAUAAAAAUGUACUCACCUACAGCCGAGAAGACCUAUCGCUGCGGGACUCCCUGCCAUGUAACAUCAAGCCUGUGGGGUCCUACCCCUGGAACUCCGACCCAGGAAAGGUGCAAAUGAGGAGGAAUCCGAAACAGGCUAAGGAGACGUCCCUUCAAACCACCUCUUCCCUCCAUCAUCCUGGCAAAUGUCCAUUCCCUCCGCAAAGUGGACCUGCUACACGCUCGCUGACGCCUAUAAAGGGAGGUUGAGGAUGACCUCUUCAAAGCCCUGGGCAACCCACCCAACAUGACCAUUCCCGUCACCAAUAUGUAAGAGUGUCUCUGAGGUGGGUAUCUUGGCAAUGGUGCUCUGCAACAGAUCGUAGAACUCUUUUUUCGACAUCUGAGUGUCCGAUCUGAGGUGUGUAGAUUAAGAGAAAAGUGAGAAAAGAUUUGCCAAUGACAAGUCUCAACAGGAGGAUCCUAUCUGAGAUACGUUGGACCUCAAAGACCAGCUAUCAUGAUGCCUACACCGCUUUGACCUUGCUUGUUUCCACACCAGUAAAACUUGUUACGGGAAUCCUUUCCUUUGAUAAACAAAGCUUGGUUUGCAUUCAGGCCUUCGGACCACCUAGUCUCUUGCAGGCAGCAGAGAUCGAUCCUUCUUCUUACGAGUGUCUCCACAACUUCAUUACUACGUCCCUUCAAAGUGCCUACAUUCAAUGAGCCUAUCCUGAACUUCAACUUCGACUUCAACUUCACCGGGCACUCGCAAGAUUUGCCUUGAUGGCCGGACCCUGCCUGCUGCACCCGAGAGUCAGCCAAGCCCGAGACACUAGUCGGUGACUGCUACCGGAACUGCCUAUACCUUUAUCUGUAUGUAGACCUGCCAUUAAGUAUAUGGACGUGUUUUUUUUAUGGCCGGCUGUCCAUCCUUUCGCCAACCUACAGCCACACUGACUGGGCUUAAUGUGCUCCAGAAAGGACCACUUCCUGCUUCUACAGUUACUGACCCCAGGAAAGGGAAGUAGGCUAAUACUAUUUGACAGAUGCUAUCGCUCCAGGCCAGAGCGGACCUGGAAGUAAUAAGUAAUGUAAUAAGGGGUCACUCCACACUCCCCACAACCACAAAUCUCCAUGAAUGUGGUCCUAUCACCGGUUGCAGUUUAACGUCAUACCCAGGACUAAACUUCAUACCCAGGACUAUGGGGGAUUAUAACAGCUGCAGACUGUGUCACAAGUCAGAAUCCUACAGUGCCCCCAGUGGGAUGCUAUCACACAACUCCAAGGCUCUCUGGCAUGCACCAACUGGGACAUUUCUGAUGAGGAAUUAGACAACAGGGUCUCCAUCAUCUCUGAUUAUAUCAACUUCUGCAUUCAGACCACCAUACCAGUUAAAAAAAUAAAGAAAUAUCCCAACUCCAAACCAGUGUUGUUUUUGGCAGCCAUUUUAGAUUUAGUCUUAGUAAAUAUAAUUCUAAUAAUAAUAACAAUAAUAAUAAUAAUAAUAAUAAUACUGAUAAAUAAUACCAGUACCCAGAAAACCCCGACCCAAAGAACUGAAGAACUUCCGCCCCAAUGCCCUCACUUCCAUCCUGAUCAAGUGCCUGGAGUACCUGCUGCUCAACAUCAUCCUGCCACAUGUCCAUCAGCAUCUGUACCCCCUCCAAUUUGCCUACAAGGCCAAGUACUGAAGACACUGUGGCCUGCUUGCUGCAUAUUCUCUUGGAACACCUAGACUUCCUUGGUACUACCGUCAGGAUCCUGUUUGCAGAUUUCAGUUCCGCUUUCAACACGAUCCAAAGACACAUACUGAUCCAAAAACUGCACCAUCUCAACGUCCCCCACGCCUGAUACAUCUGCUCCAUAACUUCCUCUCCAGCAGACAGCAGACAGUCUGGGUAGCACCCACCACCAAACCUUUAAAUAGUGCAUUGACUAUAAACUACAUUUUCACAAUGCAUGGCAAUUAUGUUUUUAUCCGCGAAAUGACGGCAUCUCGCCAAUAGAUCGCAGUGUUUAAAUUAGUGUUUAAUUACUACUACAAGUCAGAUUAAGCAGAUUGAGAAAUAUCCACAAACUUCAGGAGGUAAAAGAUUGAUGACAGAUAAAAAAAAUUGUUUCAUGAAAAAUGGAAAGGCGAAAUAUGUUUGUGCUUUAAGAAAAAAAACGGUAUGAGGUGGUGUUGGUAAUCAAAGAGUACAAUCAACCUUUCAUUUAUUUUUAGACAAUAUUUUAAUCAGAUAUAUCUUAAAAUUUUUCAAGUCGAGGUAAUGUUUGAGCAAGCAUCAAAGUAGAACAAUUUUUUUAAUAUAAAUCAAUUUAUUUCAGAUAAUUUUAAUACAAAACUAUUUUUUUUUUUUUACUAUGGAAAAGCUUAACUACAGAUUUCUAAUAGAAAGUCAAAAAUAAGCCAAAUGAAAACAGGUUUUUUAAUAAAUUUAUUAAAAUUGGCCCGCGAUGGAUUUGAGUUUGACACCCCUGGUCUAACACAUGGAAAUCUGAAAAUAUUUGAAAAAGAUGUGGCCAAAGGCCUGGUCUAGCUGUCAGUGAAACCACACCUCUCUGUAUGUGCUACUUCUCAUCACAGAAACUGGAAAACAGAUAGUAUUUUGAGCUUCAUUGCUACACACAACAAUACAUAUACAAUACAUAAAAAUCUGGACAUAAAAACCUCUUAACAUUUGAAAUGAAAUAACUUAAUUCAUAACAUCAUUUCUUGUCCUUACACUAGUGUGGUCAUAUUUCCAUCAUCUGUUUUUGUUGUUUCUUUUCUUUUUGAAAUAACAGUUUGCAGUUGCAGUAAAUAGUUUCAUCGUUGCAUAGUCCAUUUUAGUCAGGAGGCUACUUUUAGUUGUAAUAUUAAAUUUUUAGAUUUUAUAUCCUGGCCAUGCAUAUAUUAAUCGUUGCAUUUGUCUGUUUCAAAGAUGUCAGCCCCCUACCCUCGUCCUGAAGGCCCUUAAAAUCUGCCACCAACGCCUACAACACACAAUCAUAACCCAGUUGUUGCCUGAGUAACUUCAGCUGAAAGAUUAUGAAAACCAGGAGGGAGAUUUAUGACUAAUAUUUAUGCACAGACCAAAUUAUGUUCACUACUUUUAUGUUAUUGUAAUACUGAAUAACCUACUAACCAUAGCAUGUCAUUUUAUCUGUCAAACAUUGUUCAAACAAACACUUUAUU